AUGCCGAUCUUUCGUACAAGAACCGUCUUCCCUCUUAUCGCCCUAUUUUCCAUAGGAUUUUUCUUUUGGUGCAUUGAGCGCUACGACCGUGCGGCGUUCCUCCGGUUCAAGCACCCCGUUGAUCGGGUUGCUACAUCAGCUGGUACUCCUCAGAUUCAGCUGCAACCAUCAACGGCGCCCACGGCGAAAAUGUGCGAUGCGGAUCCUAGUGUGAUGCCUCCCCUGCCUUUCUCUGAGUGGCUUCCUCGCAAGAACUAUACCCGUGCCUACUUCCGUCCCCGCCACGUGAGCCCUAAGACUGAAUUCCGGUCGCUGGAGGAAAUUGACGUGCCUGUGCUACCGCCCAUGACGGUGAUGGAGCGUGGUAUGGUUAUCUCGCCGGAGAACGCGAAUUCCGAUAUUCCCUGCCCCCCAGUCAUUGAUGUUGACGUAGCGGCCGACCAUGAGGUGGAUGAGACGGACAAGCUUCUGUUCGGCUUGGCCACCACUGCUGACCGCUUGGACCGCCUACUCCCCUCUCUCCUCUAUUCCUACGGAAACACCAAGGCUGGUAUUAUCGUGUUGGUUCCGGAAUCCGACGACGAUAUUCCUAAGCAAGAGACCUAUUUCCGGAACCGUGGCCUGGACUUGACCCUUAUUCAGUCCCCACUCGAUUUCACUGCUCGUUAUUUCGGCCUGGUUGAGGCGUUCGCUAAUCACAUUCGCACAAAGCGCCCCCAGACCACCUGGGUCAGCUUUAUCGACGACGAUACUUUCUUCUUGUCCCUCCCUACUAUUGCCGAGGAGCUGAAGCUCUUCGAUGUGAACAAGAAGCAUUACAUUGGUUCCUUGUCCGAAGCCCACUGGCAGGUUGAUACCUUCGGUCAUAUCGCCUUCGGCGGCGCUGGUGUCUUUGUUUCUAAGCCUCUGCUUGACGUCCUGGAACAGUACUACGAUGAAUGCCAGUCGUGGGGUGAGCAGCCUGGAGACCAGAAGCUCGGACAGUGUAUCCAGCGGUACGGGGAUACUCAUCUUACCCUUUGGCCCUCUCUUUACCAGAUGGACAUGAAGGGCGAGGUUGACGGGGUGUAUGAGUCGGGCCGAAAGAUCGAAUCUCUCCACCACUGGAACAGCUGGUACUCUAAGGAUGUUGUUAAGAUGACGACCGUAGCAGCUGCCGCUGGUCGUCGAUCUGUGCUUCGUCGUUGGGUUUUCGACCAAGAAGAAAUUAUCAACAACUCAACCGGAGAGUCCACCCGUACAUUCUGGGUCUUUACCAACGGAUAUUCCCUUGUCAAGUAUACCUAUGAUGAGAAGACUCCUGAUGAUGCUAUUGAUUUCGACCACACGGAAAAGACCUGGGAAGAAGAUCCUCGUGGUUAUGAAGAGCGCCUCGGGCCUCUUCGCCCUAAGGAUCAUGAAGGGGUCCUUAAGGAUCGAUGGCUCCUUAGGGAAGCUUUCGUUGUCGGCGACAAUGUGCACCAGUGGUAUGUGCGUGAAGAGGAUGAAGGCCACAGUGUCAUUGAGAUCGUCUGGCUUGGUCCCAAGGGCGGUGGCGGUGCUGGUAUCAAGGACUACAACGUUAGGAAACAUCACUAA